AUGACUGAAGAAGAUUGGAGAUUGCCCAUAAUCAAUUAUCUGCAGUAUCCAAUCCUUCCCUAUGAAAAAAGGAUUAGAAUCACAACCUUAAACUACCUCAUGUGGAAUGGAGAUUUGGUCCGAAAGAGCAAAGAUGAGUUACUUUUGAGAUGCAUGGGGAAAAAAGAGUACAUGAAGGUCAUGGGAGAAGUCCAUGAAGGAAUCUGUGGAGCUCAUCAAGGUGGAAGGAAGACGUGCUGGUUAAUCAGAAGGUAUGGUUACUUCUGGCCAACUAUGAUGAAAGAUUGCAUUGAAUAUUCCAAAGGAUGUGAGGCUUGCCAAAGACAUGGACCAAUCCAGCAAGCUCCUUCAAUUCCCAUGAGUCCAGUGGUUAAGCCAUGGCUAUUCAGAGGAUGGGCAACAGAUCUCAUAGGCAAAAUCUAUCCAGCCAGUAGCAAACAACAUUGUUUCAUCAUUGUAGCUACAGACUAUUUCACCAAAUGGGUAGAAGCCAAGCCUGUUAAAUUCACUACGUCUCAAGAGAUCAUCAUCUUCAUAAAAUAA